GAGUUGUUUCCAGAAGCUUCCUCUGGUUUCUCAAAUCAUCAGCGCCAAACGCAAAGCAAAGAGCCCUACCAAAAUACAACAACUGCAACAUCAACGCGAACCCUUCGGAAAGGGAGGGCAAAAGCCAGUUUCCAGAGCGAACAAAGAAAAGAAGCAGCUUUAAAAGCUUUCUUGCGGCUGAUUUUCCACGGGGGUUUUGGGGUUCCUUCUCUCAUAGUUAGCGAACGCAGCAAAUUGAAGGAGGGCAUUCAAGAAAAAGGAGCAAUGGGGGUUGAUUACUACAAGAUAUUGCAAGUGGACAGGAACGCCAGCGAUGACGAUUUGAAGAAGGCUUAUAGGAAGCUCGCUAUGAAGUGGCAUCCCGAUAAGAAUCCUAACAACAAGAAGGAUGCCGAAGCCAGGUUCAAACAAAUCUCUGAGGCGUAUGAGGUUGUUCUCAGCGACUCUCAGAAGAGGGCAGUGUAUGAUCAAUACGGUGAAGAGGGUCUAAAGGGUCAAGUACCACCACCUAAUGCCGGUGGAACUUCUUACUUCUCCGGGGGAGAGAUGCCAUCUUCAUUCAGAUUUAAUCCUCGUAAUGCUGAUGAUAUCUUCGCCGAGGUUUUUGGUCAGUCGAGCCCCUUUGGAGGCAUGGGCGGGAUGGGAGGAAUGGGUGGAGGUAGAGGAACAAGGUUUCCUAGUGCCUUCUUUGGUGAUAAUAUCUUUGGAUCGUAUGGUGAAGGAGGUGGUUCAAUGCACCAAAGUGCUCCUAGAAAGGCCGCCCCAAUUGAGAAUAAUCUUCAUUGUAGCCUUGAGGAGCUCUACAAGGGUACUACCAAGAAGAUGAAGAUUUCUAGAGAGAUAGUUGAUGCAAGCAACAAGUCCAUGCAGGUGGAAGAGAUUAUAAACAUUGAUAUAAAGGCAGGAUGGAAAAAAGGCACCAAGAUCACAUUCACCGAGAAAGGUAAUGAGCAGCCAGGCAUCAUUCCUGCUGACCUGGUUUUCGUCAUUGAUGAGAAGCCACAUCGUGUGUUCACACGAGAUGGAAAUGACUUGGUCGUCUCGCAAAAGAUCUCAUUGGCAGAGGCGCUGACCGGCUACACUGCCCAUCUCACAACCUUGGAUGGGAGAAGCUUGACUAUUCCGGUCAAAAACGUGAUUCAUCCGACGUAUGAGGAAGUUGUCACCGGGGAAGGGAUGCCAAUCCCUAAAGAUCCCCCGAGGAGAGGAAACUUGAGGAUCAAGUUCAGUAUCAGGUUCCCUGCACGGCUAACCUCAGAGCAGAAGGCUGGCAUCAAGAAGCUCUUUGGCGCUUGAGGAAGAAACAGGCAUAUGAUUGUGAAUAUUCCAAAUCUACAUUCUUGUUUUGAGAGCUACUUUGUUUGUUUACUUAUGGUUUGGGGUAGCUCAGAGCAUGUAGUAGUGUGAAUCCUGGACCGAUCAUGGCGAUACAAUUUGGUGGCUGAUUAGCGCUACUUCAUGUUUUUCAUCAAUAAAUGGGUCCUUGUAUGCCCGUGUCCUUGCUGAAAAUUCGUAGGUACCCUGCCGAAUAGAAGCAGUAGGCUGUAGCAGCGAGAUAUGCAUUGUGGUUUCUUGGUUCUUAAAAUGAUGAUUCAAUUUUGAAAGACAGGGUGCUGUCAGCUAUGCACAAUUUCCUCAUUCUAGAUAUAUUCAUGACCAACUACAAGUUCAGCGAUUCUACAUAAUGGAGUUAGUACAACAGUAAGAGAUUACAACAAUUCCUAGAAGCUGCCUGCCUUUAUCUAAUUCUCAGUAAAUCUUGAAUCUAGUCACUGAAACCUGAUGACGCUGUCCCAUCUGAGUCUCUGUCUCGAUCCUGAAUUCCGUCAUCGGAAUCUGCAUUUAUGUACCCAUCGAUGUCCAUUUCUCCACCUCCAUCUCCAGAUUCAUCAAUCUCUUCUUCCUCUUCUUCCCCAUCUUCAUUCACUUCCAAAUCAUCAUCACUCAGCAACUGAAACUCACCAGUUUUACCAGCAAGGUCGCCACUGGCAUAGUCAUCAGCUGCCACCAGAUCGUCGUGGUAGAAAUCAUCAUCUACGACUUGUUGCCCAUUUCCAUCGUCAUCAUAAUCUGACCUCUCAGAACUACUGCCAUUUUCCAUUUCAUCCACCACAGGAAAUCCAGUUUCUUCAAUAUUCCAUUCUUCUUCUCUGCUGGUGUCUCCUCUUUGCUUCUUAUACAAGGUUCCUUGUGGAAUCUCUCUUUCAGGGAGUCCGACAGUUGUUAUCUUGGCUGAUGAUCUCUGCCGACUUCUUGCACUGCGGCGACCACGCUUACGACCACCCCGGGCACGAGGUCGCCCUUUCCAUGCCAAUAACCCCUCGCUGCUAGAUGCUAACUUGCGGGAGCCUGAUCUCGGGCCAGUGAUAUUUCUCUGAUGAGAACUUGUAUUAUGAGUUGUUCGUCCGCGGCUCCUUCCACGAUUCCCUCGUUCAUUGCUGAAGCCAAUACCGAGUCCAUUCCCAACAUCGAUCCAACUCUCAUCUUGAUAUGAUCCAGCUUGAGGGAUAGUUCCAGAGGCUUGAUUAUGGUUUGAGCUGUUGACCACAGCAUACUUGGUGGAAGCAAGCUUCUGAAAUUUGGGAAACAUAUGAUUACCAGAAAGCAUAGCAUCAAGCAAUUACUAAUUCAUGUUAGAGGUGGCAAAUAUCAACCCAAACCCACAAACCAUCCCAAGCCACUUAAAACCCAUCUAACCCAACCCCAUAUUGGCCCGAAUCCAUGAGGUACGUCGGUAGGGUUGAGUUAAUGGGUUUCUGAACAAUAGUAUUUAGUACCUAUACAUCUUUCUUACACUUUAGUCCCUAAACUUCCAUAAAACGCACAAGAUUUUCUGUCAAAAACUUUACAAUAAGUACCUAAGUAUUUUUUUUUUACAGUAAGUACCUAAGUAUUUAAAGUCUUCACAUUUGGU